CCGACGAGAAGGAGCCUAGGUUUUCUGCUACUUCUUCGUUCUUCAUUGUAGCGGAGAACUGAUUUCCAAUUUGACUUCUUCUGGUCAAAUAAUUAUGAUAUUUUUCAAGAGAACUGGAAAUUGUUAUUUCCAAGACUUGUUCUUGCUCCUAAAGAACAUCCUGUACUGACGUUUCGAAGUAAAUUGCUUGAAGUAAAACGUUAUGAGUCGUCACUCGUUCCCGGAGCGAGUUUUGAAGUCUGCGUGGCUAAAUUCGCGACGUGGUGAAGCGGAAGCACGGCAACCAGUGAACGCGAGCCGUGCCUGUGUUCCAGGAAGAGGCAUGGGUCUUGAGUCAGGAUUCUGGACACGGUGCGCUGGCAUGAGCAAUAUUUAGGUGAGGUAAUGACGGCAUCUUGGCAGGGUUCUCUACUUGCGUUCUGUACUUGACCUCAUCCUGUGUGGUACCAAAGUCACGCGGCAGAGAGUGCCUGUGUUCCAGGAAGAGGCAUGGGUCUUGAGUCAGGAUUCUGGACACGGUGCGCUGGCAUGAGCAAUAUUUAGGUCCACCAAGCGCACUAGAGGACCUCUCGGUGAUCCGCCAAAGCUCAGCUUCAAUGAUAAUCAAUUUGAAGGCUCCAAAGCAAGAGGAGCAAGUACUGGAAUAUUUUAUCUCCUACUCCAGUUUGGAAUGCUGUUCUAGUACUAUCAACCGAUGGGCUUGCAGCAGGCCUGGAGUUGCCAAUUGUGCUCUAACAAGCUUCCUCUCCUGGCGAUUUGUGAACGAGAGCAGUCUACCUGUGAUUUUGAUUGACCUCUGUGCGGGACGUUCGUACCAUGUUUUCAUCCGCGCAAUAAACAACAAAGGCCAGGCAGGACCCCACUCGCAUAUGGUGAUUAGCGCCAAUGGCAGCAGGUCUGAUGAUGGGACCUCAUCCAGUCCAUCCAGCACCUCAAGCCCAACGGAGACCUCGUCCAGUCCAUCCAGCACCUCAAGCCCAACGGAGACCUCGUCCAGCCCAUCCAGCCCCUCAAACACAACAGAGAACUCAUCCAGUGCAUCCAACACAACGGAGAAACCGCGAAUUAUCAUAGAUCCACCAAGCCAACUGGAGGUGAUCAACUCUGUCCGCCUGAGCUCAGCUUUAGCGGCAAUCAAUGUCAAGGCUCCAAAGCAGGAAGAGGGAGUAGUGGAAAUUUAUGUCCAAUACACCAGUGUGGAAUGCAGGGGUAACAAACGAUGGAAUUGCAGCCGGCAUAGAGUUUCCAGUUGCGCUCUGCAGGGCUACUUCUUCUGGCAAUAUGUUAAUGAGAGCAGCAGUCUACCUGUGAUUUUGAGUCGCCUCUGUCCCGGAGAUGCGUACGAUGUUUACACCUGCCCAGUAAAGGAACAAUUGAACACUGGACCAUGGACCUGGUUUUACGUCCAUGGAAAUGUUGAUGGGAUCUGGCCCAGGCCAUCCAGCCCCUCAAACACAGCGGAUACCUCAUCCAGGCCAUCCAGCCCCUCAAACAUAGCGGAGACCUCAUCCAGUCCACCCAGUCCCUCGAACCCAACGGAGAACCCGCUAACAAUCCAAGUGUUGCUUGCAGGAAACCAAACAACAGAAACGCCUGACAAGCUGACGGCGGGAUUCACCACUACUCAACUAGCACUCGGUGGCAUUGCGCUGUUCAGCAUGUUCUUGAUGAUAGUGCUGGUCCUCCGCAUCCGUUCCCUUGUGACUGCCAAGCGACGACGGGAAAGUCUCAAAAAUCAAAAACUUUCGACCAAAUCAAGGGAUUUUGAUUGUGUGCUUGUACUAUCACCCAACGGUGUAGACUCUAGUUGCAAUGAUGAGACUAAAAUGGCCGUGAUGAACCGAAAGGAGGAGGAAGUUGAAGAUGUUCUGAGCAGCGGUGGUGGCCUCAAAGGCAGCUUGUCCAGUCAAGCCAACAGCCAGGUACACGUGUGUGUGUUUGAUCCGGAGGAGACUUGCCGCAAGGACCAGCUACAGUGUGCACAAAGUGUUGGUGAUGAUGACAAGAGUACCUGUACCUCCCUUGAAUCAGAGUACGUCUGCGAGACGUUAUGAACGUGACGUCAUGAAAGGGGAUUUACUGAUAUCUUCGCUUCAAAUCACCCCUAAUUGGCUAAGUGCUAGUUGUUGCGAACAUCGCGAUGAAAUACAUGAAAAUGAAUUCUGAAUGAACAUAUUGCUGUGCAAAUCUCUGUACACGUUGCUGCGCAUAUUGCUGUGCACGUUGCUGUGCUUAUCCCUGUAUAAGUCGUUCCUCUGCAUAUCUCUGUACGUGUUGCUGUAUGCUGUUGCUGUGUUGCAUAAUUUCAGUACACGUUGCUGUGCAUAGCUCUGUGCACGUUGCUGUGCUUAUCUCUGUACACGUUGUUGGGCUUAUCUCUGUACACGUUGUUGCAUUACUUGCAAUGCACGUUGUUGUGCCGACUGCUGUACAUGCGGUUUCACACAGGUCAUACAUUUUAUAGUGCCGUGUAUUACUCAUUCACUCUUCUGUCAUUCCAGACAGUUUAUUUCAUUACGUAGAGAAGUUGCUUCCACGUAUUGUCACUCGAAAGACUUGCCAGAAAGCAAUACAAUACACACAGGGAGGUUUGGGGAAUCCGCAGCUCGCCAGUUGACCUUGGAUUGGCCGAUGACAUGCCGUCUCCUGGUGAUGGAGAUCAAGGCAGU